AUGAACUUGCAGGAGAUGAUUGAUUGUUACGUCCAAACCUUAGCCAAAGUCGUUGGAAGUGAGGAAGAUGCGAAGAAACGGAUUUACAAUGUUUCGUGUGAGAGGUAUUUAGGGUUUGGGUGUGAGAUUGAUGAAGAGACUUCGACUAAGCUUGAAGGUUUGCCUGGUGUUCUGUUUGUGCUUCCAGAUUCUUAUGUUGAUCCUGAAAACAAAGAUUAUGGAGCUGAGCUAUUUGUUAACGGAGAGAUAGUCCAACGAUCACCAGAGAGGCAGAGACGAGUUGAGCCGCAGCCACAGAGAGCCCAAGAUAGACCGAGAUACAAUGACAGAACUCGCUACUCUCGCCGCAAAGAAAACACACGUUGA